AUGAAAUUAUAUCCAAUAAUUGAGAAUGUGACUUUAUCUAAUUCAAAUAUUACGAAUGAAAUCUAUCCUUUAAUUAAAUCAAUCCGAUCGGAUUGGACAUCAUCAAAUACUCGUUUGGUUACAUUUACUGAAGGUCUUACAAAUAUUAUCUUAGGUAUUUUUGAUAAUCGAACUCCAGAUGAUGAUUCAAAUGCAUUAAUUAUUAAAAUCUAUGGUAUUCAAACAGAAUUAUUUAUUGAUCGACAAUCAGAAAUCAAUGCAAUGAUUAAAUUUCAUGAGCAUGGUGUUUUUUCUCAACGUGUUCUUAUUCAAUUUAAUAAUGGAAUUAUAUAUGAAUUUGUAUCGGGUAAGACAUGUUCAAGAGAUGAUGUACGUGAAGAAAAUAUUUCAAAAUUAAUUGCAAUAAAAUUAGCAGAAAUUCAUAAUAUACCUGUUGAAGAAACUGAGCAACCAUAUAUAAUGUUAAUUCUACGUCAAUUUUUAAAAUUAUUAGAUAAAAAUUCAUUUGAUUUAUCAUCAAUUAUAUCCGAUAUAGAUAUA